CCAUUGUCAUAAGGCAAUAGCGUUUGUUCUAAUUUGAACGCACAUUGAGUUUGAGAAUAAGAUAAAAUAGAAAUUAUAGUUGUUUGUAAUACUAUAAAAUUGUGGAAAAUUGUGUUUUAUAUGAGUCUAUAUAUGGGAAAAUCUAUGUCUGGUAGUGCAUCAUCAGGAUCUUUGUUUUGUAUUUCAAGAAACUAUGUGAUAGACUCGAAGUAGGAAAAUUAUGGAAGAUAGAGAAAAAAAAGAGGCCGAGAACCAGUAUCCCGAUGGCGGCUAUGGAUGGGUUAUUGUUGGAGCUAUUUGUCUAAUAAAUGUCAGUUUACUGACACUGGUGCCAUGUUUCGGACUGAUAUUCAAAGACGAAUUCAAGCAAUGGGGCGUCAGUUCAGCCCAAACCUCAUUUUUACUUCAUUUACAAAAUUCUUUAUUUUGUUUAUUUGGUUUUUUCUCUAGUCCUUGUCUCAAAAUAUACGGAAUGAGACGCGUAUCCUUAGUAGGAGCUUUUUUGAUGAGCUUUGGAAUAUUUUUAACCAGUUUUGCUACUUCAUAUGCGUACCUGGUUUUUUCUACUUCAGUGUUAAUAGGUAUCGGACAAGGUAUAGCAAUGCCUGCAACAUACCUAGCUACCUACACUUACUUCAAAAAAAGACUGACUAUAGCUUUAAGUCUUACUGUUACGAGCGCUAGCUUAUCUUCCAUAAUUCUACCAAAAAUCUGUGAUAAAUUACUAGCUCAAAUAGGUCGUAAGUAUGUGGUCUUGGUUCUUUUUGCCAUCUCCUUGUUGUCGUUUAUUGGAUGCGGCUUGUUGAAACCAGUAAAAAAGAAAAAAAUUAUGACUGACAUGAAACCAGAAGUUACCAAAGAGCUUUUGCCAAACAAUUCGAACAAAGUCUACCAGAGCACAACUACAGCAAAACCUCAAAAUGUCUCAGUUUUGACUAAAAUCUUCAACAUAUUUGACUUACACCUACUCAAAGAUGUACCAUUGGUUAUAAUGAUUAUUGGAUUAGGAGUGUCAUUUGCUUCAGAACUAAACAUAAUCCUGAUGUUGCAAUUUAUCUUGGAAAAACUGUCUUUGUUUGAAAGAAGUGACAUAGCAACAGCCGUAAUGAUUCAGAGUAUUGCUGACAUAAUUGGCAGGCUUUUGAUUCCUAUGUUGGCCCAUUGUGCCAACGCUUCUGGCAAAGUUAUGUAUGCUGGGGCACUAAUUUUGGCUUCUUGUGGCAGAACUAUUUUGGCUAUUUGGCCCACAAACAAUUUGGUAGUUUUUGGGGUGAUUUUCCUUAUAGGACUCACCAAAGGCACCAGAGCAGUAUUUCAGUCAGUAAUUUUGCCCAAAUAUGUGAGUUUAGAUAAGAUACCGGCUGCAACUGGGGUCAAUAUGCUGUUUACUGGCUUUGUAUCGUUGAUUAUUGGACCUUUAUUAGGUAUUGUCCACGAUAAAACAGGUUCCUAUAUUUAUGCUUUGCAAACUGCCUCGGUGCUAUCAGUGUCUUGUGUGGUCAUGUGGAUAUUGGAAUGGGCGUUUUUGGAAAGGGCCACUAGCAGUGAAGAAUAAUGUGAUUUUUGUUAACUGACUAAUAAUUUAAUAUAGAUAGUUUUAUUACAGGCUUACAUUUUAUCCAAAAAACCUGCAUUUUUACAUACUAAGUAUAUGAGAAUUCUGUUAGAGUAGUUUUAGUUGAAAUAGGUAUAAAGAACAUCUCAAGCUUAUUGAGAGAAAACACUAAAAAGAGUCACAAUGAAUUCGGACAUAGGAAUUAAUUCUGGAAGAUUGUUUCCUGCCACAAUAUCUGGAUGAAAAAUGUAUUUAGCUUAAUUUUGGCUUCUUUGUAGAAAAAUCAAAAGGAUUUCAAGGAUAUCUGCCGUAUUUCACAAAACAGACUAAUUGGCAAAUUUGGUUUUAAUACUUGAAGAAUAAAGAAGAGACAUUUCCA